UUUUAUUCGCAAUUAAAAACUGAAAAAGAGCUUCUACUCUGAGAAAAGCAUCUGAGAAAACUUUUCCGUGCUUACCACUAAUUGCACUGAAAUCUUUUCCCUUUUCACACACACUAAAAAACGCACUCUCUGUGAGAAAUUAUCUCACAGGUUUUGUGACCUAUGCUGUAAUUUACUCUAUAUAGGGUUAGGAUUCUACAUUUCAAUCAUGUGAUACACUAGCUACGGGUUAGGUUUUGGUUUUUUCGGUGGAAAAUUACUUCAAAACUGCUUAAACUCGUACAAGAUUUGAAUGGGGAACUGCUGCAGAUCUCCGGCGGCAGUCGCCAGAGAAGAUGUGAAGUCGUCUAAUUUUUCAGGGCACGAUCAAGGCCGGAAGGAGAAGUUCGGCGCUGGUAACAAUAAAAAGGCCAUCACGGUAUUGAGUGAUGUUGAGAAGGAAAGUAUUGAGGAGAAGUAUUUAGUUGAUAGGGAGCUCGGCCGUGGGGAAUUUGGGGUUACUUAUUUGUGCAUUGAUCGGGACACGAGGGAUCUCUUGGCCUGCAAGUCGAUUUCGAAGAGGAAGCUGCGGACGGCAGUCGAUGUGGAGGACGUGAGAAGAGAGGUGGCGAUAAUGAAGCAUUUGCCCAAGAAUUCGAGCAUUGUGAGCUUGAAGGAGGCACGUGAGGACGAGAAUGCUGUGCAUUUGGUGAUGGAGUUGUGUGAGGGCGGGGAACUGUUCGAUAGGAUUGUGGCACGGGGGCAUUACACAGAACGGGCAGCAGCAGCUGUCACCAGGACGAUUGUGGAGGUGGUGCAGCUUUGCCACAAGCAUGGCGUGAUCCACAGGGACUUGAAGCCGGAAAAUUUUUUAUUUGCAAAUAAGAAAGAGAACUCUCCCCUUAAAGCAAUCGAUUUCGGUUUGUCUAUCUUCUUCAAGCCAGGCGAAAAGUUCUCUGAAAUUGUGGGAAGCCCUUAUUAUAUGGCUCCAGAGGUGCUCAAGCGAAGUUAUGGACCAGAGAUAGAUAUAUGGAGCGCAGGAGUGAUUCUCUAUAUUUUGCUAUGUGGUGUUCCUCCAUUUUGGGCUGAAUCUGAACAAGGUGUUGCCCAGGCCAUUAUACGUGGGAAAAUAGACUUUGAGCGGGAACCCUGGCCGAGUAUUUCAGAGAGUGCCAAAAAUCUAGUACGACAAAUGUUGGAGCCAGAUCCCAAGCUUCGACUUACUGCAAAACAAGUUCUUGAGCAUCCUUGGCUUCAAAAUGCAAAGAAGAACUCAAAUGUUCCUCUUGGGGAUGUUGUCAAGUCGAGACUCAAGCAGUUCUCAUUGAUGAAUAGGUUCAAAAGGAAGGCUCUGAGGGUUAUUGCUGAUUUCUUGUCUAAUGAAGAAGUUGAAGGCAUCAAAGAGAUUUUUGCAAAGAUAGACACCGAUAAUGAUGGCAUUGUGUCAACUGAAGAACUAAAGGUUGGAUUGCAAAAGUUCAAUUCACUGUUGGCGGAGUCUGAAGUACAGAUGCUUAUCGAAGCUGUUAAUACAAAUGGUAAAGGAACCUUGGACUAUGGGGAAUUUGUUGCCAUUUCUCUCCAUCUGCAGAGGAUGGCCAAUGAUGAGCAUCUUCAUAAAGCAUUCUCCUAUUUUGACAAGGAUUGUAAUGGUUACAUUGAGCCUGAUGAGCUCCGAGAUGCCUUGAUGGAAGAUGGAGCAGAUGAUUGUACAGAUGUAGCAAAUGACAUUUUCCAGGAGGUUGACACAGACAAGGAUGGACGUAUCAGCUAUGAUGAAUUCGUGGCCAUGAUGAAAACGGGGACUGAUUGGAGAAAGGCUUCUCGACAUUACUCAAGAGGGAGAUUCAAUAGUUUGAGCAUAAAAUUGGUGAAAGAUGGUUCUAUUAACUUGGGUGAGUAAAUAUACACAAAUGGACCAUUGCAUUCAUCUGUGUAAAGUAGGGAGUCACGCAUGUAUAUCAUGCUUGUUUUCAUUAUUUCCAAUUGAUUGGUGGCUUAUAAGGAUUUUGGAUGAGGGCAAGCGCAUCUGAUUAGCCUCUUGAAAUUGAUUCAGUAGUACAGUCUUGUAGCCCUCUAGUAUGUCACACACGUUUCUAUCAAAAUCUCGAAUUGUUUCUUGUUGGACGAGUUGAAAUUUGAAAUUUGUUAUUGCAGUAUAUAUUUGUGC